AUGGACGAAAUAGACGACAUUCUCGCCUCUGUAUCCGCGCCCACAGUCCCGCAGCGCACACGCGACCUCCAGGCGCUGACGCGAGCAUGGGUCAACGAGCGGACAUCGCCAGACCUACUGCCAUAUCCUACACCACUUGUUGACCGCGUGAUGGACCGGGUAAAGAAGCAAAUAGAGACGAUCGAAGAGAUUACUGGCACAUUGGAUCCGAAAUCGAACUUUACGCUGGUCAUACUACAGACUGAGCUGGAACGUUUCAAGUUUCUUGUGAGAUCGUUCUUGAGAGCGCGAAUAGCCAAGAUCGACAAAUACCCCAUCCACUACCGCGAUCUGACCCUCACCGACCUCUCGCUCCUCUCACCUUUGGAACAGCAGUAUCUCCAAUCCCACCAAGCCUUACUGUCAGCCCACUACAAUGGCUCGUUCCUAGCCACCUUUCCACAAGCGCUGCAGAAGCUGGACGAUACAGCCGGUGGUGUGAGUAUGGUCGACAAGCCAGACGAGGAGACUGCGGUUUUCUGUCGAGUGCUGCGGGAUGCUGGGACGGUGGAGAUUAUGGGCGAGACGGCGACUACGGAUGUUGACUUGAAGAGGGGGGAUCUUUGGCUGUUGAGGUGGAGUGCGGUGAAAGAUGCUACGGUGAGGGGGGAUGUUGAGCUGGUGUGA